AUGUCGGUGAAGUCGGCGUCGAUCGCGGCGAUGACGGAGUCGAUGGCUGGAACGGUGUCGGUGGAGUCGGCGGCUGGGACGGUGUCGGCGGAAUCGGCGGCUGCCGAGGCAACGGUGGAGUUGGCGGUUGGUGCCACGAUCGCCGACUCAGCGUCGUCUUCCAGGGCCGUCUCAGCCUCCGCGAAUCCGAACCCAACCACCGCGCGGACCAACGUUCAGGAGCAUAUAACUAACUAUAUGCAUAAGAAGUCCCCUGCCGUUGGUCCCUCGACGCUAGCUCCGCCAAGCGCUCCCCAAGCUACCCCACAACCAUCUCCUCCUCCCGCGGAUCAAUCUCCUGCUCCUGAUGCUCCCACUCCACUGGAAAUAAUUCCGGUUAGUAGCGACAGAGCGGGCGGAGAAAGUUCCGGCGGCAAGGGCCCCGUUCAAGACGAAACUGAAGGGCAAGGUCGUGAGGAAGUAGAAGUCAAUUCCUCCGGUAAAGCUGAAGCUGCCACUGGUGAUAUGGUCGUUUUCCCCAAGAAUUUUGGAGAUCCAGUCGACCUUACCUCCGUCCCAAAAGCCUAUGCCACCAAGUUUUUUAACAAACUAACUGAGGCGGAAAAGUGGGAAUUAGAGCAAGAUCUGCUCAACUCUAUGCUGAACAAUGCCUGGGGUAAACCAGACGUCGAGACGUCGGAGAUCCAGGAUUUCAAAAAGGAUGUUGGCCAGUUCUUCGACAAGCUUCAUCGUGUGACCAUCAGCCAAGCGGAGAGGAUCCAGCGUUUCCAAACGGAGAACGCGGAGUUGAAGAAACAGCUAUCAAAAGCCCAAGGUGCCUCCUCGUCCCUCGCUGCAGCCUCCUCCGAACUGGAAACUCUGCGCACCUCCCAGAAAACACUUGAGACGCAACUUGCAGAGGCGGAGAAGAAACUGGCGGAGAAGAACUCGGAGCUCAUCCAAAAAGAGGGAGAGUUUCAGUUAAAGAGAAACACUGACCACGACACCAUUAAGAAACAACAGAAAGAGCUUGGUGGGCUCCGGAAAUAUAUGGAGACAGCGGAGGCGUCGUGGGACUGGCUGACCUCUGGUGUCCUUGAUCCUCUUGGAUAUGACGAGGAGCGUCGGAGCCAAUUCCCCCGGGACGAUCUGAUUCAGCUUGCUGGCGAUGACUGCAAAGAUCUCAUAUCCGCCUCCCGGAAAAUUUGCCACAACCUGAAUAUCAAGAAAAGCCGAAGCUGUGAUGUUCGCGAUCUUAUCACUAGGAUGGAAAUGCUGCCGGAAUUGGUGGUGGAUCUACAAGCGUCUUCAGCUCGAGGCGCAGCUGCUAUGUCCCUGGCCAUGUGCUUGGGGCACAACCCGGAUCUGGAUGUCGACAAGGUGACUACUGGCGUGCCUGCAGAUGCGGACGUUGGUGCGCUGCUUGAUGCAGUUAGCGGCUACGACACUCGCAUUGCCCGGAGAAUUUGCCACAACGAAUUUUACGACAAGGUGGUGCUUCCAGCCGACGAGCCCCUCGAAGCGGAGCUUCUCAAAGAGCGCGAGGCGGAGGCAAAGCCCGCUCAAUCCAGAAGCCAGUAUACCUGGACAAGCUCCAAGGACCAAGGUGGCGCAGCAUCUCCAGCCACAGAUGAGGAAGAAGAUGAUGACGACGUCUCCUCUCCGGCUAAAGAUGAAGAGACAGAUGCUCCCGCAACUGAUGUUGACGUGGAAACUUCUCCGGCGAAGGAGAAGUGA